UCGACAUACCAACAUCCAUGCUGUCCGCCCGCACUCCGACUCGACUCGACAAUCGACAUAAUCAAAGAGCUCUGUUAAGAGUUUAGAGUGCCUCUAUAUUCAAGAUUAAAAUUUCAGAAAAUGUAAUUAUUUUUCGUAGAUUAGUAUCCUAAAUAAGUACUAACAAAUAUUAGCAUAGAUAAUAAAAUAGAUGAUAAAAUGUGAUAAAAUGAAAGUUAGUGCAGUUGUAAAGAGCGCAGUUAUGUCUGGGUUUAAAGAAAUAAAAUUUAAUGAAAUUACAAAUGAAGAAAAAGAUUCGAAAGAUUCGCUAAAAAAGCCUACAUUUGCUUUUAAAUUGCAAAAGAGUAAUUCUAAGUUAAAAACGUUACAAGGUUCAGUAACAAGGGCAUUUCCUGCAGAUAUAGAUCAACAGGUUUCUGAAACAAAAAUGAAAUUAUUCAAGUCUUCUCUGCUGGAAGUAAGUGAUGAAAGCGAUGAAAUGAAAGACUCAAUACUCUCCUACAUAGAACCACCGUGGAGUGGUAUGCCAGAAGAUGUGUUUAAAAUGGAAAUAUUAAAAGCUGGUGUGAUUUUGAAAACAUUGGAUCUUUCAUCUAAAAGUUAUCAUGUUAUUGGAAAAUCUCUAUCCUGUGAUUUUAGUGUGACGCAUGAAACCAUUUCCCUGUUUCAUGCUGUAUUACAAUAUAGAAAAACACGUGAUUUUGAAAACGAAAAAGGAAUGUAUAUUUAUGAUCUUAAUAGCAUGAACGGAACUUUUUUAAAUGGGAAUCGUAUAAUUUCUAACACAUAUGUUCGUCUUCAUGGUGGAUAUAUAAUUAGCUUUGGGGACAGUCCACGGAAAUAUAUUUUACAAACACCUAAAGAUAAUGAAGAAAAAGAAGCUGAACUUUCAGUCACAGAGCUGAUUGAAUUAAGAAAACUUGAAGCAAAAGAAGAAGAGAGAUUAGAAAAUGAACGUUUGAUAAAAGAAAAUGAAGAAACGUUAAGAAAAGAAAGUGAAUUUAAAGGAAUCAAUUGGGGUAUAGCAGAUGAUGUUAACGAAAACUCAACUUCUACAGAAGCAACUGAAAAUUCUGAAAGUGACAAUGAAGAAUUAUUUUUGGAGAAUCCUAAAAAAGCCUUGAAGGAUUGGUUUAAAUGGGAAGGACAUGAUUUAGAAUAUCAAACAGAAGACAGAGGUUUUGGGCAAUAUUCUUGUUGGAUUGUUUUGACAUUAGAUGCUGUAGGAAACACAGAGACAGUUGAAGCACACGUUGUUGGAGAUAAAACAAGGGCUAUAAAUGAAUGUGCGGUAAAAGCAUGUCGAGUUUUGAAUAGAUAUGGACUUUUACGUCAAGCUCAUGAAGAAAAAAAGAGCAUUUCGAAGAAUUGGGAAGAAGUAGACUACUAUGAAUCUGACGAAGAUAAUUUUUUUGAUAGAACUGGAGUUGUGGAAAAAAAACGUCAGAAAAGACUGAAAACUGCUGGAAAGAUAGCUUCCCAACACGAAACAUACAAUUCAUUGCAAGAAAAACAUUCUAAAAUUUUAGAAAGAAUAAUAAAUUUGGAGAAUUUGGUAGCUUUCCGAGAUAACGAAAAAAUUGAAGAAGAAAAUCCUGAAGAAGAUGCUGUAGAUGCUUUUAUGUCAAAACUGGAAACAACAACUAUGAGCAGAACUGAAGUCCGGGACAUGAAAAUAGAACUGCAUAACUUACAUCAAGAAGAAAUGCUAUUAUCAGAAUCAAUAAACAGGAUGAAAUCAGCUCAGCAACCAUUUUCAAGCUCUUCAACUUAACACAUUACAGAAAAAAUAAAUCAAUUUUAAGCUUAAGACAGUAAUGGCUGAAGUAAUAUGACUGAACUGAACAAAAACUGUACAUACAAUUUAAGUGUAAAUAGAAGUAAACUGUAAUUAGUUUUUUAAAAUUGUUGCAUCAAUAAUUAAAUUUAUCUAAAAAAGCCA